UGCGUAGUAUAAUCGUACGUCGUAAUUUCCUGUUCUUUUACACGCGGUAGUGGCUGGCGAGAUAAAUCCGUUGGUCUUGCUCCCUAAAGAAAUGCCAAACAAUUUUAUUAAACUGUAUGAAACUAAUUUAAUUAGUAGUGAUUUAUGAAAGAGUAAGGUGGUGCCGCCAAUUAAAAGGAAUAACAUGGCACAAUGUGAUCUCUCCCUAUCAUAUCCUUCCUGCAAGACUGAGUCGCGCUACUGCAAAUUCGCCUACUCGUGGUGCCCGACCUGUGAUAAAGAUUCGCCUCGUCGACGAUCGAAGAGCGAGACGAACGAGCCAUGUCGACGGAAGGGGCGCGAGAUGAAGGGCACGUCGAAACGGUGCGACUGGAAUCAGGAAUGCGAAAAUAUGGAGCUGGAGUACGAGCCGAAGGAUAUAAGAUACGAGAUAUGCCGCGUUAGGUCCAAUCUAUGCGAGCUUCCCACCACGUACAUCACGAACAAUUGUCAAACGAUCAAAUUGUCAAAUGCCGAUUUCGUCGAUAUCACGGAGAAAGGCCUGAAAUGUCUAGAGAACACGUUCAAGUCGAAUGAUUGCGGCGGCCACUUUCCAAAUUACGGUAGCAUGAACGACAAAUCCGAUCGCCUAACGAAGCUCUUCCCGAAAAUCGAAGAGACCACGAAAAAUAUCAACUCGAUCGUCGUCAAACUGAACCCGAAAUUAGAAUCGUUAAAGCCUCACUUUACCAGCGCCAUACCAAAGGACGUCAAGCGAGACACUGCCAUAAACCACCACCAUCAUUACAGUAGCUUUAGUCCGAAGAAUAACGAAUUAGCCAACGCCGAGAUUAGAAAUAAACAGUACGCCGUUUACAAUUGCGAAAGGUCGAGGUGUUACGACGCGGCGGCGGCGAAAUUCCAGCCGAUGUGUUCAAACGUAAGUGCCGACAGUAGACUUGACGAAGCUAGAUGUUAUGAUACGUACACAGCCUUCGAUCGAAAAAUCGACGUGGGGCGUUUAAAGCAAUGUUACGCUCUCGAAGUCGAAUUGCUCAAGGAGAAGCUGAAGGAACUAAAAAAUACCACCAGUGAUUCGCCUACAGAUAGCAAAGAUGUUCAUUUUAAUAAUAGCGAAACGAUUAGAAAAGAUUCCAAGAGUAGUGUUAAGGUGUCAAUUAAGACCAAGGUGAAAAAUUUGGGCGCGAAACCGAAGAAAAAAAGCAAAGGGUUUUCCUCAUCCACCGACAUGUCCAUUAGUAAUAUUAGCGAUUCCGAAGAUAGCGAUUUGGAGACUUUGGAAGAUAACGAGGACGUGCUCGAUCAGUCUUCGUCAUCUGCGUAUAAUUCGAAUAUUCAUAAAGGGGGAGGUGACUUUGUCAAUUGGCCGAUUAGAGAGAGUCUAUUUCCUUUCGUACCACCUUACAUAACGUUCACCUCUCACGCGAAAAGCGCGAAACAAUUGCCAUCGGCGUCUCGUCACCUAAAAUGGAAAUUAAGCACAAUAACGCCGAUCCUUAUACGAAAAACACUGACCAACUCUGGAUUUCGAAUGGUGCGAAGUGAGUGCUUUACAGAAUCGAACGACUGGAUGGGCACGUGGGGCAAGCACAUGAAAUCGCCGAUGUUUAAGACGCUGAAGGAGACCCAAAAGCUAAAUCACUUUCCCGGAACGUUUCAGCUCGGUCGAAAGGAUAGGCUCUGGCGCAACUUCCAGAAGUGCAUUCACAUGUACGGUUAUAAGGAAUUCGGAUUUAUACCGCGGACGUACGUAUUACCGCAAGAUUUAAAGUUACUAAGGCAGCAGUGGCAGCACAAGAAUGGAGAAGGUGAUGAAAAGUACAUUAUAAAACCUCCCGCCUCAGCGAGGGGCACAGGCAUUAAAGUCAUCAACCGUUGGACUCAGCUUCCCAAGAGGAUGUCUUUGGUCGUACAAGAGUACAUCGCAAAUCCCUACCUAAUAAAUCGCAGCAAAUUCGACUUGCGACUGUACGUCUUGGUGACGAGCUUCGAUCCCUUACGCAUCUACUUAUACCCCGACGGCUUGGUGAGGUUUGCUAGUGUGCCGUACAGUGUCGAUUCGAAGGAUUUGAAGGAUAGGUACAUGCAUUUAACGAAUUAUAGUAUUAACAAACUAUCCAGCCAAUAUACCGCCAACGAGGACGCGAACGCGUGCAAGGGUCACAAAUGGACCUUGUCGACGUUGUGGGAGUACAUGGAAAAGAAGGGCGUAAAUACGAAACGAUUGUGGAAAAAUUUGCAGGAACUUGUCAUUAAAACUAUCAUCACCGCCGAAUCUACAAUCGUUCCGUUGUGUAGGGAAAAUAUGAAUAGUCGAUAUAGCUGUUACGAAUUGUUUGGGGUGGAUGUGUUGUUAGACGAACAGCUUAAGACUUGGCUAUUAGAGGUUAACAUAUCGCCAAGUUUACAUAGCCAAUCGCCUUUAGAUGAGUACGUUAAAGGACCGAUGAUACAGUCGAUGUUCAACUUGGUACAGUUCCACCUGCCGAAGAAAUUGGGACGUUUAAAUCAGGGGACGCCCCUAUGCUACGAUCCGCGAUUGUACUCGACCUCGCUAACGAAAAAGGAAGCCAACAAGCAGGAGUACUUUUGCCAGUCGAUCUCUAGACAAGAGUAUGCCGAGGCGAUUCUAGAGAAUUUGACCGGCGAUGACGUGCGCCAUCUGACCAAGGCGGAGGAUGAACUCACGGUUGUCGGCAAUUUCGAGAGAAUCUUCCCGACAUCGCAAACGCACAGGUACCUCGAUUUUUUGGAGGUGCGCUACUACAAUCGCUUGUUUGAUGCUUGGGAGUGCAAGUAUGAGGGACGAAGGCAGAAAGGUAUCCAAGUAUUGCAGAUGUUGUGCCAGCAGAAAAUGCACUUGAAGGUGGCGCCGCCUAACGUCAUCGACAAGAAUUUGCUGAAUUCGAACCCUUCGGCGCAGAAUGGGACAGAGGGCGGCGAUCUUCCGAUGACGAUAACCAGUUCGGCUCUUCCAGAAACGCCAGUUCCAAUUAAGUAACGGUUAAGAUCGUUCGAGAGAGCUCUCCAUGGAUAGAAUAUUCGAAAGGUGUACGGUUAAUUUGCUCGCGUUCUCGUCAAAUGUCGAUGGGAAAACAUGAAUUGUGCAUUAGAACUCCAAUUCCAUAAGACUGCCGUGUGUGUGCGUGUGUGCCGUCUGAAUGAAGUUUUUCCUUUUGAUUUAUGACCAUUUGCUAUUAAUUGUACAUCUUUGGAAUUUUGUGCUCGUUCAUUUGUCGCAACUCGCUUACACUUUUUGUAUCUGGUAUGUGUAUGAUGAACGUGUUAACGUUUUCUUAAUUUAAUUUUCACUUUAGCUCUACAAUAAUUAAAAUAUUUAUUAUUUUUUUAAUUAUGUGUUGAAUCAAAUUUUAAUAAAUGCAAUUAAUUUUUGUACAA